GGGGGGGGGGAAAGAAAGAGAUUGAGAGAGAAGGGUAGGAAAUGAGGAGGGGGAGGGGGUGAUAUUACAGGUGUAAGGAAACGGAAAUUAUAGCAUUUUGUUUAAAAAACAGCAGCAAAAUAAAGCUUGUAAAGAGGAAUAGACAGACAGGCAGAGUGAGAGAGAGAGAAAAUUUGUUGGCUAAUAUCCAAUAGCGGAAAUCGGAUUAGAAGAGAUUAGCCGAUAUGCGUAGAAAUUUUGAGGAAUUAUUCAUAAUAAAAGAUUAACAUUAAGCGGUUAAAUUUCUUCAUAAAACAAUAAAAUUGUGUUAUCAGGUCGUCGUCACUAUUUAGAUGAGAAGAAAGUAAGGAAUCAUAUGUAUCAGCUAUUAAGAGCAAUCGACUAUAUGCAUCGAAAUGGCAUUUUUCAUCGAGACGUUAAACCGGAGAAUGUGCUAAUAAAGGACGACGUUUUAAAGUUGGCCGAUUUCGGAUCAUGCAGAAGUAUACAUUCAAGAGCUCCUUAUACCGAAUAUAUAUCUACCAGGUGGUAUAGGGCUCCUGAAUGUCUUUUAACUGAUGGAUACUAUAGUUUUAAAAUGGAUAUUUGGAGUGUAGGAUGUGUACUUUUCGAAGUAAUGUGUUUGUAUCCACUUUUUCCUGGUUCUAACGAAGUGGAUCAAAUAUCUAAAAUUCACGAUAUAAUAGGAACACCGGAUCCAAGCAUUUUGGAUAAAUUAAAAAAUAAAACUCGUGGAAUAAAUUUUAACUUUCCACCAAAAAAAGGAUCAGGAAUAGAAAAAUUAAUGCCCCACGCUCCUAGAGAUUGCAUAGAUCUUAUCUAUAAAAUGUGCACUUACGAUCCGGAUGAACGAUUAACAGCACGUCAGGCUCUGAAACAUAGCUAUUUCAAGGAAUUAAGGUUUGUUAUUCUAUAGGAUAGACAGGGAGGGAAAUUAGUCGCUUAGUAUUAACCUAUAUUUUAAAACGGACUUUGCGUGUUUCAAAGUAGGAAACUAAUUGGGUAUUUCAUCGAUUUAGCAGUAAUUCCAAUACGGCAAAUACUUUUAAUUCUUUAGCUAUAGAAUUUUUCAAGUAGAGUUUAUUUGUUAUGAUUCAUCUUAAGCCGAUAAGCGAUAAAAAGUCAACAUUUGUUUGCGCUAUCUUCCACGUGCAUUGUUCAUAUCUUGUCUCCUACUCUUCUUCUUUUGAUAACUAACUUGUAAAGAGUAUAAGUAUUAUACUCUUUACAAGUUAUUUAUCAAUGAAAUAAUGUACACGUUGUAUCAUUAACCGGUAAAAGGCCGUUGGCUAUUGGUUAUGUACAGGCCACAUGUUAUAUAUUACAUAGCAAAUCAUAUAUUAAUACUAAUAUGAUUAAAGUUUAAAAAAUAUAUACAGUAUAUACGCUGUAUACAGUAUAAAGAGCACAAUAAAGAAAAGGAAGAAGCCUGUUCUAUGUGUUUGCUAUGCGAGCGUAAAGGAAUCUACUAAUACUUUCAAAUCUAUAUUAAUGAUUCAAAGAAUUGCUUCUUUCUUUCAAGUUGUUCAAGUCAAAAAGCUUAUAGAGAGAUUUUAUAAUUCUUGCUAAUCUAUUAACAAAAAAAAGGAUAUAAUAUUCUAUACACCUGAAUUUUGCUUAUAUACAGUAUAUAUAUAUAUGUAUUGAUACCAGUAAGAUUACUUUUAAUUCUGAUUUCCUUCGAAAAACAUACAGAUUAUUAACUAUAAAAAAAAUUAAAAUAUUGAACGAUAAUACAAAAUCCUUUCAUUUUGUGCUGAAUAAUAUAAAAUUGGAAUUUAUUUUGGAUAAUUUCACGGAUAUUGUAUGGUUUUUUUCUGUCUGCCUGUCUAUCUCUAGCUCUCUCGAUCUAUCUCUCCCUAUCCCUCUCUCUCUCUCUCUCUCUCUCUCUGUCUCUCUCUCAAACCUUAUCUGUCUCUACUCUACAUUUUCUCUCUCUAUUAACUGUUUAAAUACUAUGAGUUCGAAUGCUAAACUACCGCCUGUUGAACUAGGAAAAAGUCUAAUUUUGUAAGUAUUUUCAUAUAAAUAGUAUAUUCUUGUUUGUCUAAGGAAAAAAGAGAAAAGAAUGUUGAAAAAAUUAUUCACUACAGUUUAUUAAAAGGAGUUUUAUGCGUUUUAAAUGUGUAAUUAACCGAAAUCUUUCUUUUGUAAUCAAGAAAUAUUACAUAUCAAUGUUUAUCUUAUAAAAAUAGAAGUAUAGAAAAUCAGAAAAGUGGAGCAUUUUACGUAUUUUGAUUGAUAUAUAUAUAUUUCUAUUCUAUUCUCUAAUAAGAAUUUUUCUCUAAUACAAUGGUAAAGUAUAUAUACAGUAUCCACAUACCCGCAUAUAUAAUGCACAUAGGCUUAGAAAACUGAAGGAAAUUCGUUGUAUAGUCAACACGAGGUUAUUGUAAGCGUCGUCGACGUCAUUUACUUUUUUUUUUACUUGAAAGAAGGGAUUAGUUUUAUAUUUUGUGCUUAAAAAAGAAAGUCUUCUCUUUUUUGUCCUUUAACAAUGAAAUAGCAAAAUGUAUGAACUUUUUUUUUAUGAACGUACCUAAUACAUACAAUAUUCAAUCUAAUAAAUAAUAGCUCAACUUUGAUACUUUAAUAGUUAAAAAAAAAAAUCCAGUUUUAGAUAAGCGCGAUACUGACGUAAUAUAAAAUGAAACAACUAUUGUCCCGACGUAUUUAAAAAAAAUCAAUUUAUUUGUAGAAAAGUGUUUAAAAAGUGAACGAAAACACCCACUCCACUCAGCUAUUUGUUAUAUUUAAUCUUCUCUAAGUAUAAUUCAAGUUCAAAGCUAUUAAAACCUAAAUAAUUAGGUUAUAGUUAUAUUGUAUCUACAUAUACUUUUAUAUUGAUUAUGGGAUUUAGUUUUAAAAAUGUCUUUCUUUCAAUGUUCAACAGGGAACAGGAAAGGAGAGCUAAAGCUGAGAGACGAAUGGAAGAAGAACAUGCCAAUUCUGUGAAAUUGUUAGAAACAAAAGUUAUCUCUAAUAAUGCGUCUACGACGCCUAGGCCUACAUCAGCUACUCGUCGUAAUAAUAAUUUUUUCCGAUCGGAAGGAGUAAAGCGUAAAAAAGAUAAACAUAAACGCCGAAUGGUUUUAUCUAGUAAUAAUGGAAUGGCUAAUGAAUUGCCAAAAAUGAAUGUGAUGCAUUCUACUUAUAAACCAACUUUUCAUCUAAGUUCAUAUACAACAGCCGGUUCUUAUCCAAAGAUAAAGGCAAAAGAAAUAUCCUCGACAGACCCUUUGCCCAGAAUUAAUACACUUUUUAAGCAAAAGAAAGUUAAACAAAGCAAUCAAACGUCCAAGAAUAUUAUAAACGGCCAUUAUCAGUUACCGUCUAUAGAACGGUAGGAAAUGAGGUUAUAGUGAUGUAUAUGAAUAUCAUCAAUUUUUUGUCAAAAGACUUAAUAUUUUAAUAAUUUUGUAUAACCUGUUAAGACCUAAAUUUCUACUGUUAGGUGAAGGAAUUAAAUGUAUUUCUUUAUUUUUGUAUUUUUCACGUAAGAUGUCUAAUCUUGAAGCAAAACUGCAUGAAACGAUAAUUUUAAUCUUUCAUAUUUAUGUAUAAAAUAUACAAUAUAUUAUAUAAAUAUAUAUUUUAGUAUAUAUAUAUAUAUAAACAAUAAGCAAUAAACUUUUGG